AUGCAAAACCCCAAAGGAGGGAAACAGGGGACCCAUUUAACGUUGGAAAUAACUAAACUUUUAGAUGUCUCUAGAAUAAGCCAGCUUUCCAGAGAAAUGGCAGGAAAUGGUGGAUGCUUCCAGAGCUUUCAUGUAACGUCCAUGGACCUGCAUUCUGCCCUCUAUUUAUGCACUCCACCGCUACAUCUGCUCUGUACUGUGUCAUUCAUUCACCGCGAUUGAAAAGAUAAGCUCUGUACUGUGCUAUUCACCGCUUUCGUAAAGAGAAAUCUUGUGAGAAUGAACAAUUUGGCAAGGGAUAUGCAUCAUAUCCUGAACAUGACAGAGGAGGAGGAGAAGAAACUUCAAAGACCUGCGCGCAGAUAUGUGAAGGACACCAGGGCAAUGUUCAGGACCUCUGCAGAUCUAUUGGAGUCUCCUACUUCUUACAUCUUUGUCCUUGACAUGCCUGGCCUGGAGAGCAACCAAAUCAAGGUUAAAGUAGAGAACAAUAUUCUUCAUAUUGCGGGUAAGAUUAAGAAGAAGCAGAAGCAGCUCGGUCCGGAGAUCAAGAUAAUCAGACUGGAGCGGCGGAGGGCGAGGUAUAUGAGGAAAUUUACCCUGCCUGGAGAUGCAAAUGCGGAAGAUAUUAAGGCGACUUAUAAGGAUGGGGUUUUGACUGUUACAGUGGCUAAGCGUAAUGUUUCUGAGUCGGAAAAGCCUAAGACUCUUACAAUUCCAAUUUCUUAGACAUGCUAGUGCGUCCAUUAUAUAUGUGUCAGAGAAAUAAUUAGGUUUCGUCAGUGUAUAUGAUUAGGCAGAGAAUGAUUUGUACAUGAGUCUGGAGGAAUCUGUGUGUGAAACUUUGAUAUGUACGGGAAUUUCAGAUGUGAUUUUGACUGUAUUUGGCCUAUAGCUCAAUGUUACAGGAAUUUUAUUGGUAACUCUUCGAGAAAAUUGUGUAUGAAAGUAAUAUACUUUUAGUUGAACUAAAAACAUUUCAUUUUCAAUGAA